AUGGCCACUCCUCAAGGUGUGGUUGUCUUCUUGAGCUACGGAGACUUGGCUGCGCAUGUGGAGCUUUCAUGGGGAGACAUCAAGAGUCCAGCGGACCAAAGUGAUGCCCAGGAAAAGCCCUGGAUGUGUGGCUGGGCAGCGUCUCUGGAGGUUCCCGAGCUUUUCAGCUCUCGGCCGGUGAGCCCAGGGCUUCAGGGUCGGAUCUGGAAAUGGGUGGAGAACAAUAGCAUCACCCAGCUCUGCGAAUGGACCACCGAGACGGAGGGGAAGGGGCCUAGCCAGAACGUGGUCAGGCUCUCGCCCUCCGGGCACUUGGUGGCCACCGGCGGCACCGACGGUCGGGUGAAGAUCUUUGAGGCAUCAAAGCUUCAGGUUGAGCCCGUGCUGAAGCACAACUGUGCCAAGAAUGACGAGGUCCUAGACCUGGACUUCUCUCCUGAUAACAAGACCUUAGCCUCUUGUGAUCGUACCGGUUCUUGUCGACUGUGGGACCCUGCCAGUGGACAGCAGUUGAAAGUCAUCGACUACAAGUACUCUGGAGCUGCUGUUUCAGUUCGAGUACUUAGAUAUUUGCCGCCCGCAGAAAAUUCGCCACAGCUGCUGCUCGCGGCCAUGUCGGCGCCCCGUGGUCCUGCGUGUAUAGCACUUUACAACAACGACGGGAACAUCGUCAAAGAAAAGAAACUGGAUCAAAGCCCACUGACAGCCAUGGAGCUUGACCAUAGCGCGCAGCAGGUGUGCGUGAACUUCGUCACAGGAGGAAAGCGCAUCUAUUCGAUCCCUGCCAUGCGAUGUUUGAAAAAAGUGGAGAAUGUCCAUGAACUGCCAGCGCCCUGCGCCGCCUUCGUAGGGAACACCGCGGUCUCGGGCAGUGGAGAUCGAUCCAUCAACUUGCUUACCUGUAAAAAAGGUGGAUCCUCUGGUGGCGGAGGAACCAGUUGUUUGUAUUUUUUAUUCCUGAUCUUUAUCACGAUGGUUGUGAUCUUCUUUCUCUUGCGCAUAGGCAUAAAGAGCACCAUGCUGUCGGGCGAGCUCUGA